AUGAAGAGGGCAAAGCUUGAUAAAACACAUAAUAAGAAAAAGGCAAAUCUUGAUAAAACAGAUACACAUUCUGCUGCUGUAGCUCCUCAGGAUGUUGAACUUGAAGAAGAAGCUGAUGACAUUGAUGUUGUGGAGGUAGAUGUUAAAGUAGAGGUUGAAGAAGAUCAUGUAAAAAUGGAAAGGGAAAGGUGGUCUGAGGUAUGGAAGUAUUAUACCAGACUUCCAAUUGGUAUAGAUGGUAGGGAAAGGGCUGAAUGUGAUAGGUGCAAAAAAAGAUACAUUUGUGAAACAAAAAAUGGGACAGGUAGCUUGAGAAAUCACAUUCCAAAGUGUCCAAGAAGGGACAACAGUGACAUAACUCAAUUCAUUUUUGCAAAAUCAGGUGGUUCCAUUUCAAUAAAUUCCACAGUUUUUAAACCCGAAAGAUUUCGUGAACUUAUUAGUGAAGCUAUUGUCAAGCACGACCUUCCCUUUAAGUUUGUAGAGUAUGAGGGAAUUAGAGAAAUCUUUAGUUACUUAAAUGAAAAAGUUACCACAAUUACUAGAAACACUGCUAAAGAAGAUGUGCUGAAUUUGUUUAAAAGAGAAAAAGGAAAACUCAAGAAAUUUUUUGAGUUACUUCCUGGUCGGAUUUCAUUAACUGCUGAUUUGUGGUCUUCUAUUAACACAGACGGUUUCUUGUGUGUUACUUCUCACUUUAUUGAUGAGGAGUGGAAGUUGCAAAAAAGAAUUCUGAACUUUCAAUAUAUGCCACCUCCACAUAAUGGCAUAUGUUUAACUGAAACAAUAUCUACUUUAGUGACCAAUUGGGGGAUUGAUAAAAAGUUGUUUACAAUCACGUUAGAUAAUGCUGCAAGUAAUGAUACUUUUGUCAAUCUCCUAAAAGGUCAAUUAUGUAAUGAAGUUGCACUUCGUAGUAACGGGGAUUAUUUUCAUGUACGAUGUUGUGCUCACGUGUUGAAUUUAGUUGUGCAAGAUGGCUUGAAGGCUAUUGAUGAAGGGAUUGUCAAAAUUAGAGAAUCUAUCAAGUACGUGAAGGGAUCCUCAAUAAGGAAAAGAAACUUUUUGAAUUGUGUGAAACAGGUUAAUUUGAAUCCAAAAAAAGGCUUACGACAAGAUGUUCCAACUAGAUGGAAUGCUACUUUUCUUAUGAUUGAAAGUGCUCUUUUUUAUCGUCGUGCUUUUUUCCGUUUGGCACUAACUGAUUCUAAUUACUUAGAUUGUCCAAGUAAUGAAGAAUGGGGUAAAUUAGAAAAGAUUUUCAAAUUUUUGGAAGUAUUUUAUGAAGUCACAUGCAUUUUUUCUGGAAAUAAGUAUUGCACAACAAACUUAUAUUUUCCUUCGGUUUCCACAGUUGAAAGAACUUUAAAAGAAGAAAUAGAAAGUUCGGAUACGUUUAUGAAGAUAAUGGCUUGCAAAAUGUAUGAGAAGUUCUCUAAAUAUUGGUCCGAGUAUAGUCCAAUUUUGGCCCUGGCUGCAGUUUUGGAUCCACGUUAUAAAAUGCAAUAUGUUGAGUUUACUUACAAAAAACUCUAUGGAAGCAGUUUUCGUGAGCAUAGUGAUUGUAUUCGGGAGAAGUUACAUGAUCUAUUUGGUGAAUACGUUAUUGAAUCACCCAUGUCUUAUAGAGCAUCAACCGUUUCAACAAGUGAUUCAAGUGAUGAAGAGUUAUGUUUACAAGAUCUUACAGAAGAUUUUAUGAAGUUGGAUAGCAAUGCCAAUGGUACACAUGAAGAAAUGGAGUCACAAGCUUGA